GACGCACACGCGUUGGCACACAGUCAAGUCCGAAGGGCCCUAUUUAAAUAGGGGUGAUGAAACCUCCUGUGCGUGUUGGCAGGAGGACACACAGGGGCAGGACAGAGGCCAUGUGGCUGGCUGGAAGAAACGGGUACAGCCAGCGGUUAAAUAACAGAGCUGACAGGUCAAACCACCUUAGCGCUCGUCAUCACACCGGGGCUGCUGCCACCACAUUUCUUAAAGGUGAAGGCACAGGACCCGGCAGAGAGAGAGAGAGAAGACACACCAUGGGAGCUAGGAAAACCAUCCAGCCAUGAUUAGAAACCCUUCCCCUACCAACCCUCCGACACACAUCAACUUGAUGGAAGGCUAAUAACUGGCUCCAAUGGUGUAAGCCGACGCAUCACCGUGGGGGAUUCUGACAGUCCGCACACAGCCCAGGCCAGUAUCAGAAGGCAGGGGAGGGUAUGAGAAUGGUGUCUAUGCCCUGAAGCCCAGCAGCAUGUCAGAGCAAGGAGACAAAUGCACCACCCCCCGCUGGAAACAUGAGGCCAUGCAAAAUGGGUACAUCCCUAGUUACCUGGACAAGGACGAGUUAUGUGUGGUAUGUGGGGACAAAGCUACAGGAUAUCACUAUCGCUGUAUCACCUGUGAAGGAUGCAAGGGUUUCUUCCGGCGGACGAUCCAGAAGAACCUGAACCCAACGUACGCGUGUAAGUACGAGGCAAAGUGCAUCAUCGAUAAGGUGACCAGGAACCAGUGCCAGGAGUGUCGCUUCAAGAAGUGCAUCACUGUCGGCAUGGCAACAGACUUGGUGCUGGACGACAGCAAGCGGCUCGCCAAGCGGAAGUUGAUCGAGGAGAACCGUGAGCGGCGGCGGAAGGAGGAGCUCCAGAAAACGGUGUGGGACCGGCCUGAGCCGUCCCAGGAGGAGUGGGACCUGAUCCGCAUGGUCACCGAGGCCCACAUGUCAACUAACGCCCAGGGAAACCACUGGAAACAGAAACGCAAGUUCUUGGUCGAGGAAGCAAUGCUACUUAAUGAAAUAACAUGUAAUUUAUUCUAUACUUCUGACCAGAGUGCAGUGGGGGUGAAGGAAACCAAGCCCGAGGACAUUGGUCAAGCGCCGGUCAUAAAUGCACCUGAAGGGAGCAAAGUGGACAUUGAAGCCUUCAGUCAGUUUACAAAAAUUAUCACCCCCGCCAUUACCCGAGUGGUGGACUUUGCCAAAAAGCUGCCUAUGUUCUGUGAGCUGCCUUGUGAAGACCAGAUUAUCCUAUUGAAAGGCUGCUGCAUGGAGAUCAUGUCUUUACGGGCAGCCGUUCGCUACGACCCCGAGAGUGAGACGCUGACGCUUAACGGGGAGAUGGCCGUGACCCGCGGCCAGCUGAAGAACGGAGGCCUGGGUGUGGUGUCGGACGCUAUCUUUGAUUUGGGCUUAUCGCUGUCUUCGUUCCAUCUGGACGACUCUGAGGUCGCUCUGCUACAGGCCGUCAUCCUCCUGUCCUCCGACCGUCCGGGGCUGACCAGCGUGGAGCGUAUUGAGCGCUGUCAGGAGGAGUUCCUUCUGGCCUUUGAACAUUACAUCAACUACCGCAAACACAAGGUGGCGCAAUUCUGGCCCAAGCUGCUGAUGAAGGUGACGGACCUGCGGAUGAUCGGGGCGUGCCACGCCUCCCGCUUCCUGCAUAUGAAGGUGGAGUGCCCCAACGAACUUUUCCCCCCACUCUUCCUGGAGGUCUUUGAGGACUGACGGACAGACGGAGGACUGAUGGACAGACGGACAGACGGACAGACGCGCAUGCACACACCCUGCCAAGGUGUGUGUGUUUGUGUGUGGUCGGGGUGUGUGUGGGCGCCUGUCGGGGGCUACGACAGUGGGCCUCAGAGUGGCUCUAGGCGUCUUGGGACACGUUGGAACUCUCAUUAGCACUACUGAGUCAUUUCAUUCCAUAGCUUUGGUACAGCCUAGCUUCUCAGCCUAGUUUUAUGGAUGGAACCAUCCCUUACGAUGCGGGUACAAGUGAACAGCCUUUUCUUUUGGUUUUUAUUUUGUAAAUGUUUCACCUCUCCUCAGUUACUUCUCUAUAGGUUUUUUGGGUUAAUUGUACAGUCAGUCAGUCGGCUUAUUGGUGAUUAUGUCUAGUUGUUGUCGUUGACAGCGCUCGUUCAGUCAGUCAUAUGAACCAUGCAACUUCUAGUGUUUCAUUUUACUCCAGUUUAUUAUUGAGUGCUGACUCCACCAACCCUGAGAAGGUCAGUACUGUACAAGACAGUGACCGACAGCAGAAGCCAGUUAACCUGCAUUAUUCCAUUCCCUUCCUUUUCGUAUUCUCUUCCUACGAGACUUCCCCAGUCAGGGGAUGUGUAGUAGCUUUCAUAUAGGUGUCCCUCUGGUGCUGGUGUUCUGUGAGAGCUAUAUCUAUACCUGCUCAAUGCUGCCAUUCUAACACACUCUUACUGUACUCACAUCAUUCACACCAUAGAAAUAGUCAAUGUUCUGUAAUGGGAUGGCUAUUCUUAUUCUAUUUCUAUGAUUCACACCACAAGCUCCCACCUUGAGUAAACCUAGGCUCAUUUCUAAACAAUGGAAAGGCACAACACUAAACAACUCAUCCAUGUAGAAAAAGCUAGCUAAAAGAUGGCUUGUUUCUCCUCUUCUGUGUGAAACCUAAACGAUCAGGACAGAUAUAUAAGCACACUUUGACACGAAGUCAGGAAAAAGAUUAAAGCCAUUCAAUAGCUAUCUCUUUUUUUUCAUGAUGCCACUCAUGCAGUGCCAAAAAAAAUUGGGAAUUCAUCCAAUCAUUUUGGAUUGUUUCCCGGAACCCGGAUGCAUGAUCUAACCUGAUCUGAUUGGCUAUCAGUGACUUCUUCUAGAACCUAGAACAUGCUUCAGGCUCUCAUUCACGUUCUAGAGUGUAGACUUGCAUCAUGAAACAGAACGUUAUUGAAACAGAGAGAAUGUUCUUGUUGUUGUCACCAUGGCGUGUAGUUCCUGAGCUGCAGAUGGACAAAUCAGACAGACAGACACUGUGAGCUGUGAUGCUGGCAGAAAUUCCUUCUGCUGUCACACAAGAUUCCAUGGGAACUUUUUAACUAUGUUCAAGCGUCAUAUUAUAUUCUCAACAUGUGAGUUACUGAAAGUGAUCAUGAUCCUCCUAUAAGGACUGGUUGUUGCUAUGAUACUUGCUAAUUGGCUGAUUCAUGCCUGUAUGAAUGACAUGUGGGUAGAGUCAGGGGAUCAAACCCUUUCUAUGUUGACCACAGUCAAUGGAAUUCUGAGUCAGAGGAGAGAAUCGCUGCCACUAGGGGUGUCACACCCUGACCUUAGUAUUCUUUGUUUUCUUUGUUAUUUUAGUUAGGUCAAGGUGUGACAAGGGGUGUAUUGGUACACUAUUUAUACCGAAACGUUUGGUACGGGGACCUCGGUUCGGUCCACACUUUGAACCCAAAUGAAUAGAUAAAAAAUAUCUUAAAACAAUAAUAGGUUAUGCCUACGCUGCGUUGUAUGCCUCUUGAGUAAAUCUGAGCUGAAAAAAAAAAAACAUUUCAGGCUAUUCAGUUAAAACAACUAGAGCCUAU